AAAAAAAAAAAUCACAUUUUAUAUUUUUGUUACGGCGACAAUUCACAAGCCACCAGCUUCAAAAACCCAAUCUCUCUUUCUCUCUCUCUAAAAAAAUGGGUUGUUGUGGCGACAAAGACGAAAUUCUCACCGCAACAACCACCGCGGAAUCCGCAACGGCAAGGAUAACUAACUCUUCCAACCUCUCUUCGGUCCUUGCGUACCGUGACACUCUCCGCCUGAUCCUCGAGAGGCUCGGCGGCGGCGGCGGCGACAGCGGAGUCUCGGAGCUCGCUGGAGCGAGUUGCGUGUGCCGACUCUGGAACUCGGUCGCCUACGAGCUCGUCGUCGAAGCCUUCAAGGCGAAUUGGAAACUCGGAGAGGUGAUCGGAAAGCCUGUCUCUGGAAGCUUCUGGAGAGACAGUGGGAUUUGGAAGUUCGCGAUUUCGCAUCGGAUUGUUAGAGGAGAUAGUGUCGCUAGUCUCGCUGUCAAGUACUCUGUUCAGGUUAUGGACAUAAAACGUUUAAACAACAUGAUGAGCGACCAUGGCAUAUACUCAAGGGAGAGGUUGUUAAUCCCUAUAAGCAAUCCUGACAUUCUUGUAAAUGGAGUAUGCUACAUCGAGCUAGAUACCUAUGCGAAAAGGGAAGUGGCAGUGUUGUAUCUUGAAGGUGGUCCGAGUGGAAACUCUAGCCAUAUGUUGAAUAAGAUGACAACCGAACAAGGCAAGAGAAAGGUUCUUGACUCAUUGAAGAGGAGCAUGCAAGUCGAUGAUGGGACUGCUCAAUAUUACUUAUCUAUAUCAAAUGGUAAUCCUCGAGCUGCACUUUCUGAAUUCUCUGAGGACCUUAAGUGGGAGAGACAAAUGAGCUUGGCCUAGUUUCUGAAAUAAAAUGUUGAUCGCAGCUGCUCAUAAGUUGGAACCUUGAGGUAUAUAUAAUAAAUGGUGAAGAAAGGCCAAGAAUGGUAAUUGCUGAUCACUCUGGGAUUAUGUUCCAUAUAGGGCUAUGUAUGAUUUAUUUGGUUUUUCUAAAUGCAUAACUACUUAGGAUUUCUUUUA